AUGUCUUCCAUUUUUCGCAAACUACCGGACGCAGAAAGGAACACCAAUGCUUCGCUAUACUUUGGUAAUAUUGACCCCCAAUGUCUGGAGCUAUUGAUGUAUGAAUUGUUUGUUCAAUUUGGGCCCAUAAAAAAUAUUAACAUGCCCAAAGACCGAGUUCUCAAGACACAUCAAGGAUAUGGUUUCGUUGAGUUUAAGCACGCACUAGAUGCAAAGUACACCGAAGAUAUACUACGAGGGGUGAGACUAUAUGGAAAAUUAUUAAAGCUCAAGAAACUUGAUUCAAAGCCACAGGCACAACAGCGACAACAAAUAGGAACAUUUAUCAACACUAAGCAGGAAUUAUUGAGUGACAAAUAUAUCGACGUUGGAGCUAAGCUAUUUGUAAAUAACUUGAACCGAUUGAUCGAUGAAAGAUUUUUGUUAAAUACGUUUCUGAAAUUUGGCACCGUCAUAAAACAACCAGAAAUUAAGCGGGAUCAUGAGGGAAACUCGAUGGGAUUUGGGUUUGUCACCUUUGGAGACUUUGAAACCAGCGAUUUGGUUAUUGAAAAACUCAACAAUACUAUUUUAAUGAACUCCAAAAUCAGUUUGGAUUAUGCAUUCAAGAGUGAACUUGGUGAAAAUGGAAAAAAGGUACGGCACGGUGACGAGGCAGAGAGAAAACUAGCGGCUAAUGCAAAGAAGAAUAACUUGCUCAAGUUGAAAAAUAGUGGUAAGGUAAAUAAGAAAGGUAAUUGUAAGUGA